AUGGGAGCCCUUCAACGCCGCAUUCCCCGGGUGCACGUCGCAUCGCUGCAGCUGCAAGGAUCGCCGCUGUCGUCGGGUGCGUCGCUCUGCUCGCCGCGCUCUGCCUCCUCGAGCCGCGCCGAGCUGGCCUUGCGACACGCGCUGAUGGUGCCGCCGAAAGCAGCAGCAGCAGCAGCAGCAGCAGCAGCAGCAGCAGCGCGGCUGUUAAUGGGUGCAGUGGGGCAGCAAAUGGCGCCGCAGUUCGUGGUGUCGGUGGGGGACAACUUCUACGACGAGGGGCUGACGGACGUGAACGACGACGAGUUCGCGCGCUCCUUCACCAACAUCUACACGCACCGCACCCUGCAGGUCCCCUGGUAUGCAGACGCACACACAAGGGCCACACUGCUCACCGCCUGCCACAUCACACCGCUCCGCUUUUCCCAACCCCCUCCCCGCUUUCCCUGCCCCAUCCCGCCACCAGUGCUGGGCAACCACGACUACUACGGCAACGUUCUCGCUCAGCUGCACCCAGCCCUCGCCAACAGGGACCCGCGCUGGGUGUGCCGCCGCAGCAUGGCGCUCUCGCUUCCGCUCUGCCCCUCCGCCAGUGUUGACUGCGUUGACCUGGUUGACCUGUUCCUAUACGACACCACGCCCCUCGUGCCCGCCUCGCGGCCUCUGUCUCACCAUCCUGUGCCUCUUCCCUCCCCCAACUCCCUUUCUUCCCCUUCGUCUUCCUCCCCCGAACGUGCUGCAGGAGCUGGAGGGGUGGCUGGGCAACUCGCGGGCGCGGUGGAAGGUGGUGGUGGGGCACACCCGGUGUUCAGCUACGGGCACCACGGCGACCAGCAGGAGAUGAUCGACCGCGUCAAGCCGCUGCUCGAGCGGUACGGAGUGGACGCAUAUCUGAACGGCCACGACCACGACAUGCAGCAUGUGAAGAGGGAUGACAGUCCAGUGCACUAUUUCACGGUGGGAGGCGGUUCCAAGGCGUGGCGCAGCGACGCCCCCUCAGAAGCCCCCGGGCUGCGCUUCUACUUCCCAGGCCAGGGCUUCAGUGCCCUGCAAGUGGACAGAGACCGCCUCUCAGUCACCUUCUAUGGCGUGGACGGCCAGCAAAUGUACUCCACCACUCUGGAAAAAUGA